AGGCCUUCUACGCGGAACAGAAAUGAUGCUCGUCCUAAGUAGGCCGUGCACAUUUAAAUGUAACCCUUUCCUGUCCGUUCUUUAAAUACGUCCCCCAUGUUAUGAAAUCCACGGGGUUAAUGUGAAUGUAUUCAACUCCAGGAAAAACAUUCCAGACAGAGCUGCCUUAGGUAAUGACCUCCCCUUCACCCCACGACCGGAGUCGUCGCCCCGGCGACCAGGACCAGGAUGAGGAGGACCCAGUGGACCAGAUGAUCAGCAGGACAGGAUGUGGGGAGCUGCACUACGCCGUACAGGAGUGCAUGGCCGAGCACCAGGACUGGAGGAAGUGUCAGACUCAGGUCCAGACCUUUAAAGACUGUAUGAUGACCUUCCAGAAGGCCCGGAAGGAACAGCUGAUGAAGCAGAGGUCGUCUACAGAGUCGGCCUAGAAGAGCAUCGGGUGGUUUGGGCGUUUUCAUAUCUGGACUGAUAACUGAGACAUCCACGUUUUAGUUCUGCCGCUGACAUUAUAAUUGGUUAACGUGUCUAAAACAGUCCUUCCCAAAUGGUGGAUCGCAACUGAGAUUUUUUGGGCCGCAGCCCAAGACUGGGUCCGUGCUGACUGGGUCCGUGCUGACUGGGGGUCCGUGCUGACUCUGGGGGUCCGUGCUGACUGGUGGUUCACAAGAUUACACAUAAAGCACAUAAAGACCACGUUAAAUCACCGUCACACUGCUUAGAGCACAGACUGUUUGUCACAGUAUUUGUUAUGACCGCAGAACCUCUCAGACUGUUUGUCACAGUAUUUGUUAUGACCGCAGAACCUCUCAGACUGUUUGUCACAGUAUUUGUUAUGAUUAAUAACUGACGAUUCUCUUCUCUAAAUCAAUCAUGUGGUUUAGGGCUGUGUGUGUUGAAAAGCUACAACAUUCACAGCUUAUAAUUGGUUAAAGGGUGGAUGGGUGUGUGCUUGCCCUAGAGAGAGAGAGAGAGAGAGAGAGAGAUUCAGUUUCUGUAGUGGCAGAGUUAAGAGGCAAAUUGUAAUGUGCUUCUAAUCAUUUUGACAUUAAAAAAAGUACAUGUCCCCAUC